AGAUAUAUCCACUGGUAUCGCGUAACGUUUUGGUAGCUUUAGUGGGCUUCGUUAAGCUAGGGUAUGACACCGCGGAAAUUAAUCAAGGUGAUAUUUCAAUUUUUACCAGUGGCGGCAAGCCAUGAAACAAAGAAAAAACAUACCGUUAAACUAGAGGACAUAUCUUGACUGUUUUGGGAAUCACUUGAAUAAUCUACCUGGCUUUUCUUCGAUGGAGCCGGGAGAAACACAGUAGCUGCCAGCAUGUAUACAAUAGUACCUCCGCCCACACCAUGCAAUAUGCACAGUCUUAAGUCGGGACCAUCUUUAUUUCUACAUUCUUUGGUUUGUUUUCUCUAAGAACAUUUCAUUCUCGAGGAUAGUUAUUAUUGUACGCUAUCAUCCAGUACGCUGGUCAUCUAGUUGAAAGACAGACGUUCAUAGCCAUGUCUGUACUAUUUUACAAACGACCGGAUUAUACCAACAAAGCAAAUGGCCCUAUAAAUGCUACAGAAUGUCAACGUUAUGCUGAAAGAGCAAAAAGUUAGCAGGCCUUACCUUGAUCAGGUUAACUUGACUGACACUUACUAGAUUCUGAGCGUGCAAUCCCCCCUGGACUAUCAUUCGAAAACGUGGUGGAAAAUCGAUCGCUUCCAGUAAGUUUGAAAUAUUCCCCAAUAAUGCAAUUAUUACUGAUAUUGUCAGCCAUGCUCUUUAAGUGACUUUAUGGACUAUCUCGUUUAUAUUGAGCACGACGCGGAGAAUCUUCAAUUCUAUCUUUGGUACAAAGACUAUGUGCGUCGGUUCGAGGCUCUGUCCGAUCGUGAAAAGCAGCUUUCUCUUGAAUGGGUGCCAGAAACAACGGAGCUCCGCACUCUUGCCAAAGACACAGAGGGGAAUGAAGGGAGGAAAAAGAAACCAGUGGUAGAUUUGCCAGAUAACAAUGCUGUGGCUAAAUUCAAUUCAGACGUCAAGUCUACAGACGGCGUUUCUCACACCUUUUCAUCAAGGGCUGAUAGUGCCAUUGGCAGCCCAAUGGUUUCUCCAGUACCAUCAAGUAACAUAGGUAGGCGCUCCGGGGAAGUACUAGGCCAAGCCGGUCUCAGAUGGCAACCUUGUAUGUCCGAAAUUUCUUCAACAACAAGAAGACUAGUGCUAAAACUAUCUGCCUAGUCACCGUUCAACCUAUGCGAGAAGAAGUUAACCGUAUAAUGCGACAUUACCUCGCUUUUAACUCAGCUCGAGAGCUUAACCUAUCCCACAAAGACCGCGCGUUAUGUCUGCACGCCCUUCAACACACAACUCAUCCAUCAGCCUUUUCACCGGCUGUGGUCAUAACCGAAGCUGCACUUCGAGGCCAAUCUCAUCCGAACUUUAUCAGGUGGUCUAUAUGUAACGGAAAUCGACCUCGAAUUUUCUUUGUCCGAACUACGGGUGUUAGUACCAUAGUGUUGGGCUUUGUGAUCGGUAUCCUAUUGGUUCUCUCGAGUGCUAGUCGAUGGUGGAGGGUCUUUGCGGGCCUGCAAUGGUUUCUAGGCAUUGCCACAAUAGUAGCAUCCUACAAAGGUCUAUGUCUCAUCAUGCACAAGUCUCACAACCGCAAUCUACGACCCUGGGAACAGAUUCUUCAGCAUGACGCCGAUGAAGAAUACGAACGACCCUCUUUUGAAAACUCAUCACAACGGCGCAUUCACAUGGCGAUACGCACUGGUGAUGAUCAUGAUAAGCAAAUGGACGGCACAGCGAUUUCUCAAUCGUCGACCCUGUCGAGUUUUGGUCCAACGAAUGAUGUACAAGAAUUUGAGGAGAAGUGGGCACGUAUAUACAAGAAGAAGAGUCUGUUGAGGAAGGUUUUCGAUAAGACUACUUGGACGCAAGAUGAAAAUCUAAGGUUAUUACAAGAUAGGAUUGUACUCGGGGCGAUUGCUUGGAGCUUUAUUAUCACGGUGCCGUUGACGGCGCUGUUUGUUGCGUUGCCAAAGGGAAAUUACUAUUAGGUUUAGGGCAUGCAGGACUUAUCUAGAUGGUACUAGAUGGGACAAUACUCGGAUUGGACGAUAACUUUUUGAUACCCUGAAAUGAGCUUAUGUAGGUUAAUUGUUGGAACUUGGGAGGGGAGGACUUUUCCAGAGCUAGCGCUUCUUUAUUCGUUGUACAUAUAUCUAAUGAUUCAUUGCCAUUAUCUUUCUGAGAAUGAAACGACUAAA